AAUGUAUUCGAAUGCAGAAGAGUAAAGUGCGGAUUGAAUCAAUUGAAUGUUCAUCAACAAUUCAAUUUUUAUUUUGAAUUUAGUUUUCAUGAAAUGGAAAUUGAAGUGAAUAAUGUUCCCAGCGAAGAUCCCGGCAGCUACUGUCGCUUGUGUUUUUCUAUAAGAAAUCUGGUGUCACUUCUGCCCAAUGGUGCUGACUCAGAUCGAUUGCUUCUGAACUUGAUACCUCAAUGCACAGGUAUAUUUAUUGACCCCAAUGACAAUCCGGCUGUUUCAAUAUGCUGGAGAUGUGCGGUAGCCUUGGAAGACUUUCAACAGUUCAGACAACGUAGCUUACGGUAUGAUACUAUAAUUCGGGAAAGCUAUGCAAUGAAAUUUGAAACUAAACCAUGCGAGAAAUACGAAACGGCUUCUGUAGAUGCAGUUGAUGAACACGAAACUCAAGAAGAAGAAUACGGUUUAGUUGAGUCACAAAUCUCAAAUGGUAAUCCAGAUUUACUCGAGGGUGAGUCAUCUACAGCUGAAUCUGAAACUAUAUGCCAAAAUGAUGAUACCGAUGUAACGAUAAAGGCAGUGUCAUGUCAUUUGUGCAAAAAAAGAUGCAGAACCGAAGACUUGCUGAGAAUUCACGUCAAACACCAACACUCCGAUGCUGGGCGGCCAUUUCAAUGCACAAUUUGUCCUGCGUCAUUCAAACGAAAAAAUCAUUUGGAAGGUCACAUAGCGUCGCAUAAUGGGGAUAUGAGAUAUUCCUGUGAUCAAUGUGGUGCAAAUUAUGCUAAAACUAAAUCAUUAAGAAUCCACCGUCAGCAAAUGCAUGGACUAUCACCGACCCCUCCAGUUAGAAAGACUAGUGAUAUCACGCUUGUUUACGGACCUUUUCAAUGUCCGUAUUGUCCGAAAUCUUUUAAACAUCGUCCUUCGCUGAACUUUCAUAUCAAAUCACACUACGAAAUGUUGUCGUUUAAAUGUGAAUUCUGUAAUGCUCGAUUUGACAAUGAAAUAGGGAAACUUAUCCACAAAGGAAAAUAUCAUCCCUCCGAAGUUUCGAAAAAGCCUCCCUCUCCCAAGAAAAUGUUCGAAUGUGCCUUCUGCACACGUACGUUUGAGCAACAAAACUAUUUAACACAGCAUACUAAAUAUAUGCACCAUCGAAAGUUCGAUCAGGCUGAUCCAAUAGGAGAUAAUGAACAAAACAUCGAGGAUGAAGAGGAGGAACCAAUUACGGUUAAGUUCGAAGUCGACGAAGAUAUUUCUUCACAACCUAGAUGGGAUUGAGAUGUCGGAUUUGCUGCUGGGUAAUUUUAGAAAUUAUUUGCAUGAAUGUAAUUUGAUACGGAAGUAAAGAAGAUUUUAUUUGUUGACUUAAUUAAAUUUCAGUCAUUUGCUAUUUAAAACUAAAUAUUUAUUUCAUAUCAAUUUCGGACUAAAUAACAUAAUAUUUCAAAAACUUGUGUUGAUAAAAGAGAUUACGAUUUUUAACAGCAGCAAAAUGGCGGUUUUUUCGUGAAAAAUCGUAGUUUCACUUUGAAUAACCACCAAAAAUAAAAAAAAAUUAAAAAAAAUCAAACAGAAACCUUGGGUUCUAGAAAAACUUCUACUCUAACUAUGUUGCGUUCAUUUGUACACUCCCCUCCAAUCCCCUCAAUCAAUCAACUAAUUAGUGCCAUUAUCGGUAUUCGGAAGUCUAAUGUCGUCUUCGCUUGAUGCCAAACCUAACCCAGUUUCCACCUUAACUGCUGUCAAACCGUUUGUUUGAAGCUAGUUUCGAACCUUGUUCCAACGUUGUUGAACUGAAAAUAGAGUCAGUUUCGAACCUGGUAUUUAUAUCAGGUUUGUUCAAACCCCCGUUGCUAAGUGCGAACCCAACACAGUUUCGUGAAAAGUGUUUGUUUGAUGAAACUAUCCUGGGUCAGUUUCAGUUUUCUCAAGCGAAAACGACAUAAAGAAGCGUGGCAGUUCUGAUUCGUAUUCGCGUCAUCCAGCUAUGUCUCUAAAAUCAACCACCCGCCUUUUUCUUUUCGCUGUUGCACUACUAUCAGAAAGUUUUUAUCUAUAGGUAAAGUAUAUCGCACAGGUGAAUUUUAUGGUUCGAUGUUUAUGCACUUUUAUGUGUAGUUGCUUUUUUUUACUAAUGUUGCAGUUGGUUGCCACUGUUGGCUUUACUUUGUAGCCAUGAGCGUUUUUGUUAACAUUCCGGUUUUCAAAAAUGUACAUUUUUCAGAGUGUGGUUAGAUUUAUAUUGGAAAAGCUAAAUGAAUGUCUAAGAAAAGAUUUUGCGUUACAACAAAGGUUGAACGUUACGACUUGAAACGCUAAUAACGUUGUAAGCUUUCAAGUAUGUGAAAGAGCCAAAAAGUUUUAUUGUCAUCAGAUUUGCAUUGCAAGGAAUGUUUGUAAGUUGAAAAUGUCAUAUAUUAGAACGAUUGCGGACUAAGUCAUAACAUUGUCUAAUUAUUAUUUGAACACCUAAGAUGACGUUUGACGUUAACUUGAUAAUUGCAGCUAACAAAGCCGUAAAAGCUUUCAGUCAAGCUUUCAUUAGGAGGUAUAAGGGUAUACUUUUACUCUGGAGGAGAUUGAACCAAAACAAAGUGAGCGCGUGUGCGUGUGGUGGCCAUGUUUAACCGAUACAGUCGCAUGUUGGGAGAAAGUAAAGCAAAUAGAAAUGAGAAACGGUGAAAAGCGGUUCUCGAUUCGGACGAAUCGAGGUACGAAACCGGGACAGAGGCCACAACCGAGUUAGUGUAAAUUUUCGUUUAGAGUUGGAUAGACAUCUUGGGUUUUCGCGGGUUAGCUACCGAUAGUUCGCAGGUUAUUUUGCUAUUGCUAUUAUAAUUGUUGUGUGUUGUACGUGCAUGUGUGUGUAAGGAGGGAGGACUAUGAUCAUAAAUACGGCAAAGAAGGAGUAUCGACAAAAAAGGAACACGGUAGAGCGCGAGGGAAAAGGGAUCGGCUUUGAGUGAACAGUUUUUAGGUUCGUUGUUACAGUCCAUAUCCCUUCCUCGAUGGUGCAGAUGUCGAUGUGCAUAUAUUUAGAAGUCAUAAAUAGAAGCUAGUAGCUGAAUCGAAUAACAUAAUUGAUUUUUUAAAAUAUUUAAUUGGGAGUUAAAUGUUUCGUAUCUAUUAUUUGGUCAAUGAAAACGAGAUUGUAUCUUUAUGAACUAUGAGAUAGCAGAAGUGCUGUACACUUACAAUAGCUGACGUGAAAAUAGCUGUGAAAUUAGCCGAGCUUUUGCGUGCAACAAAGAAAUAAAGUCGAAGGUGAAAGUGUGGUCUACAUUGGAUAAAAUCUUAGGAAGCUCGUGAGAUAAGACCAAGGCUUAUCAGUACUGGGACGGGUGAUAAGAUGUUCCGCAACUGGCAGGCCGACAUAAACCUCUUCCAGCAUCGUAGUGGUGCCGAAGCGGAUGUGUACAAGAAACCGAACCGAUACUAUGGAGUGUAUUCUUCACAUACGGUUGCGUUGGAGCUACUGAAACCGCUAUGGCACUGUUAUCCAAUGGUGCUUCAUCAAUGCAGAUAACCCCACCGUCCGGCAGCUCGGCACCAGCAAAAAACGAGAACAACGUUGACUUCAACUCGAACGAUCAUAUUUUCUUCUCGAAUCUCUUCAGCGCUCUGCCACGCUGGGAUGCAUCGGGAAAGGUCAGCACAGGACCAGUCACCGUACCGCAAAGCAGUAACAACCAUACUAGUUUUAGUCAUAACACGUCGUUGGACAGAGAUAGUAUAAGCAUCUCAGAUGAUGUAUUAUUUUCGAACGUACUCGGGGCGAUUGGAACCUCCAACGGGAGUGCUCCAGGCAAUGAAAUUCUCGGUGCAAUAGGGACUCAGAUGACGCCAAGCACAUCGCCGCAAACGAACUCAUCUAAUGGGAGCGCUCAUUCGAUGGGAGCAGUUUGUGGCCGCUGUGAUACCCAUGCGAUCAGUCGCUGCCUGGAUUGCAAUGACGUACUAUGCGAAGAUUGUGCGCAUAUUCAUAAUAAAAAUACGUUCGCCAAAGAUCACUGUGUGAUCUCUAUCAACACGAUCUCACCGAUUGGGUCGGCUACAGGUGCACUAAGUAUUCCGUUGGGAAAUGAACCGCACUGUGAUGUACAUGGCGAGGUUCUACGUUAUCUGUGCGAAUCGUGUAAGAAAAUUGUUUGUCAAGAAUGUACUUUAUGGGACCACAAAGACCAUUCCUGUAUCCCAGUGUCCAAUGUUUCUCAAGGAGCAUCAGAAAAGAUUUUAUCGAUUUUAGAGAGUGGGAAGCUUGGGACCAAGUAUAUUAAAGCUAGUAUUGAUCGAGCUGUUACUUACUCACAGGCAGUAGAAAGAGAUGCCAUGGAAGCUUCCGCCAGAAUACGCAAAGCAAUGCGCCAUUUUAUAUUGGCUGCCGAAGAUAGAGAGCGUACAUUGUUAGAACGUGUUGACAAAUUCCGUCAGCAGAAAUUAACAUCACUCUCAGACCAAAUGGCAGGCUUGCGGGCGGCAUUGGCAGGACUUUCUCAAACAUCGGACAUGCUUUCUAAAGCACUGGAUUCAGUUAACGCUAUGAACAGUAUGGAUAUAGCAAAAACCUUAACAAGCGGUGAAAGUCAGAUGGAGCAAUUUGCCGCUAUGUACAAAAAUCUUCAACCAAAAGAGGAAUUUAUUACUUUUGUCCCACCUAACUUCGAAUUACUGCAAGAUAUAAGAAUGCAAGGUGACGUAAUGUUAGUAAAUCAACGAAGCAAUUCAAUAUCCAACGGUUCCAACGUAUGCAUCCAGCCACCAAGCGGUAACAUUUUAACUCGCCGUCCCAUUAUAAGAAGUACAACACCAGCUCAACGUCUUAACAGUAUCAAUCCAACGUCUUCGUGGGAACAGAUUCCAGCCACCAAAGCAGUUUUGGGAUCAUCUCCAACCUCGAUUGGAAUAGGGCCUAUACCGGGUAUGCCGAUACUGGGACAAUGCAUUCCAGGGUGUACAACGCACGUAUCAGCUAAACCGGCAGUUGGACCAAGCACGACCUUUGGAUUCGAUGGUCACGAAGAUGGUCAAGUAUCACGUCCAUGGGGUAUAGCUGUGGAUAAAGAUGGCCAUGUACUGGUAGCCGAUCGUCGAAAUAAUCGCGUGCAAGUGUUUUAUCCAGAUGGCACAUUUAAACUAAAAUUUGGUUCCAAGGGUACCGCAAAUGGACAAUUCGAUCUUCCAGCUGGUAUUUGCACUGAUGCUCAAAAUCGCAUCAUUGUUGUUGACAAAGACAACCAUCGAGUACAGAUAUUUUCACCAAACGGUCUAUUCUUACUGAAAUUUGGUAGUUAUGGUAAAGACUGCGGACAAUUCCAAUAUCCGUGGGAUGUGGCAGUGAAUGUUAAAGGAGAAAUACUGGUCACGGAUUCCAGAAAUCAUCGCAUCCAGUUAUUCAACUCGGAGGGACAGUUUAUUUCACGCUUUAGCUUCGAUGGCGUUAACCAUAGCCGUUAUUUGAAAGGAUUGACCACACCAAGAGGUGCAUGCUUCACACCGCAAGGCGAUGUAAUAAUUUCGGACUUUGAAAACCACCGAUUACUGCUGAUCGAUUCAACCCUAACAAAAGUACUUGCUGCUAAGGGCCACGAAGGUUCAGCAGUGCAUGAGUUUAGUCGUCCGUCGGGAAUAUGCUGCGACGAUGACGGUCGUGUGAUAGUUGCGGAUUCCAAAAAUCAAAGAGUGCUAAUCUUCUCUCCCCAGCUGGAGUUUCUUUGGGCUGUCGAGAUUCGCCCAUCGUCGCACAACCUGCUUACCGUGGGUAUGGAUGAGAAAGAUCGUCCCAGUGAUGUAGCCCUCUUGCCGGAUGGUCGUCUCGUGGUGAUGGUUGAAACAUCUCCAGAUGCUCGUGACCAGUGUAGUCCCCAAAAGACUUUUAUUCAAAUCUACUAGGAAAGCUAUUUGUGUUUUGUUCAAUUUCUACGUUUUUUUGCAACCGUUCGUUUUCGAACGAGUUCGUUUUAUUUUAAAUCUGUUUUAUUGUAUUAGACAAAUUUUACACGAAAGAUUAACGUUGCUACCUCUCGCAGAAACGUAAUUGUUUGCGUCAAAUGUUAAACACGAUUGAGCAAGCAUGCAUCCAUACACUUUUUAUACACUUUUUAUCACUAGACAAAGAACCAGUUUAUGUAGGUAAUCUCAAUAGUACAAGGACACGAGCAUGAGUGACUAAACCGUAGUACAAGUUAGUAUUUAACACGUUAUAAAGGGGAAAUGAGAGGCUACUAAUGGCUACUAAAGCUGUGGCCAAUAUAGAUUGAGCUCAAUUGCCUAACGAGCAGUUUCCAUAGCUAGAGAAAACGGUUUUCCGCAAAGACUUAGCAGCACAAAAGACUGAUGGGAAGAGUAAGCCAGUUGAUGUCAUGCAACUCAUUUUAAAACGCAAUUGUAUUUUGUCUAUUAUGGAUUGUAUAUUUUUGUUCUAGCCAGUUUUGAUACAUUGUUUCUGUUUCAAUUUUCUUUAUUUCUAAGAUUAUGACGACAACAGAUUUACUGAGACGAAAGCAAUUAACAGUUUAAUGUUAUUUAAGGUAGAUAUUUUCCAAGAAAAUCAUUAGUUUGCACGAUGCAGGCAUUUAAACCUUUAGUUUAAAACGUAUAUAGCUUUUAAAAUAGCCACUAAAAUGGACGCCGUUCACCUAAAAUGUAUGUUUUGCAGCUAGUGAACUAAAAUGUCAUUAUUUGAGUAUUAUGCCAAGCGAUUUGGUGAUUUAGUCUAAUUUUAAGCGAAAAAGUUUACUUAGUAAAACAUUGUGAGUAGAACCGUUGCAUGUACAAACAUGUCCCAGUCAAAAUUUUACGAAAAGUAAAAGAGCAUUCAAAAUGACUUAAUUUGAUUUAUCAUUCAUAUAGACCAUUAGUCUCAUUCAUCUACUUAGGGAUGAACAACUCCAACAAAUCGAACCAGUAAUACUGAAGCUACUUUAAGAAGCCUCCUUGCCGGCAUAGGCAUCACAACUAUUUCUCGCUAGGCAGGGGAGUUUUCUAAAAUUACCCAGUAGAUAAUAAAAAUAAUAAUAAAGCAAAAUCCGGCGUUUUACAAAAAGCCACUGUACUUGUGAUUUUGUACGCGAAACAAAGUGAAGCAGACAGUUUAAACUUAAAACGAAGAAGCAACGUGUAACGAAAGCGAAUUUGGAAAUGAAGCUAGUGCCAGUAGCGAGCAUAAGGAAUGCGAUUUUCUUUUAAAGGAAGAAGGAUGAUUCGAUUUUCAAUCGAUUUCAGGGCUGCGUGAAAUGUACCUAUGAAGAAUCCAAUUCGCUAUAAAACCAGAGAGGAGGAAAUCAAACAUGCAAGUGUUGCCAUAAAAUCUCAAAGACAAAGAAGACAUUGAAACAAAUAAACAUUUGAUAAUAUAUCAAAGAAGACAGGAUGAAAUGAUUUAGCUAUGCUAUGGCGAAGGGGAGAAGAGAAUGAUAUAUAACAGAUAUACAAGUAAUGUAGCUUAAAGUAAUGUUGCGUUUGAGAAAUGUAUGAUCCUCUUUAAUCAAAUUAAAUAAUGAUACACUCUGGGAAAGCCAGAUGAUCUGCGAUUUGCACUUUCCUGAUUAUUAUUUUUAAAAUAAUACAAAACAUAUUAGCGUAAUUUAUAUUUAGUGUAAAAUUUGAUAACCACCAUUCAGUAAGCUUAUUCGAAAUGUAUGUGUUCCCGUGCUUUGAUGUACGUCAUUGAAAUUCCAAAACUAUAUAAAUUAGUUAAAAUUGAAUCGAAUCCAGAGUAGUGAAACAAGCAUAAAUUCAGUGAGUGCUAAAAAUGGGUUCUUUACUAUUAGGUACAAAAAUCUUCUACCAAUCUAUUCGCAGAUUCGGUAAGAGUAAAUUCGAAAUGCAAUUGAAAUGCAAUUUAGAUGUUUAGUAAUGUAGCAGAGUUGUGGAAUCUACUGUGACUCUGAAAUGUUUGAAAUGAAAAGUAGCUCGAAAAUGAAUACAAAAGUUAACCAAAAGGGAAACACGAAACAUUAGUUUUAAGUUGACUGAUCGAAACCAGUAAGACUGAGAAGUUCGACUGAGGAUGGAAACGGAUGAUACAAAGAUAAUGAAAAAAUCUCCAAAAUUUUGUAACAUCAAAUUGUUCGUGUUCAUUGAAUUAGAAAUGCUGAAAUUCGAUAAGACUAAUUCGAGUAAUGAAAACAAUACUAAUACAAGCGCAUAAGGAGCAAUAUUAAAUUUAAUUGUGCUAAUUAUAUUUCACGGCUUUAUCUUGCAGUCAGUAUUUUGCGCAACAUAUUGGAACGAACAACAAACUGGUAAACAGAUCCGUAUCCUCACCGAAACCAAUAUACCCAAAGAAAAUAAGAAGUGACAUCGUAAUCCAUAGUUUAAACUAUACUCAAAACAAGCAAAAUACAUGUUCGGUCUGACCUGGAUGCAAGUUCCUGCUUGGAUAAAAAUAAUGACUCACAUUAUUAUGCUACUGAACAGCUAUAUUAUAAAGGUUUUAUUUUUUAUUUUCACUUUUUCUUUUUUAACUUAAGAUCGGCUUGAACUUUUGAAACGCCAACAUGUGUUCGACAAAGAAACGUAAAAAAAUACCCUUUGGGUAGUAUACUGUUUAGAUCAAAUAUACACGACAACGUAUGAUGCUAAAUAUAUAGGAAACGACACGAAAGUACAACAUUUUCUUCAAUAUCGCUGAAUCUAUACACGAAGAAAAGAGGAAUGAAAACUAUACAUAGACAAAUAUAAAAGAAAGCAAAGUUGUAUGAUGGCAAACAGUUACCAUGGAAGGAUAAAUUUUAUGAAUCUAUUUUAAAAUGUACAACCACAAAAAAAACAGCAAUUUUCUGGUGAAAACUCAGAAUCGCACUAUAUACACAUGGUAAUAAUAUACUCUACGAUAAUAAAUAAAUGGUUU